GAAACGGACUCUCAGAGACUGACAGCUGCCGGAAGUGAGGCUGCGGGGGAAUGGCAGCCGCGGCGACCAUGGCGGCUGCUGCCCGGGAGCUGGUGUUGCGGGCCGGCGCUUCAGAUAUGGAGGAGGAGGAGGGCCCGCUGGGGGCUGGUUCUGGACUCCAAGAGCCCCUACAACUCGGGGAGUUGGAUAUCACCUCUGAUGAAUUCAUCUUGGAUGAAGUGGAUGUUCACAUCCAGGCAAAUCUGGAAGACGAGUUAGUGAAGGAAGCUCUCAAAACGGGUGUGGAUCUUCGACACUAUUCAAAGCAGGUGGAGCUAGAGCUGCAGCAGAUUGAGCAGAAGUCAAUCCGGGACUACAUCCAAGAGAGUGAAAACAUAGCCUCUCUGCACAAUCAGAUCACAGCCUGUGAUGCCGUCCUAGAGCGCAUGGAGCAGAUGCUGGGAGCUUUUCAGAGCGACCUCAGCUCCAUCAGCUGUGAGAUCCGCACCCUGCAGGAGCAGUCGGGGGCCAUGAACAUCCGACUUCGUAACCGGCAGGCAGUUCGGGGGAAACUUGGGGAACUCGUCGAUGGGCUAGUGGUGCCCUCUGCUCUGGUCACAGCAAUUCUCGAAGCUCCAGUGACAGAGCCCAGGUUCCUGGAGCAGCUCCAGGAGCUGGACGCCAAGGCGGCUGCGGUCAGAGAGCAGGAGGCGAGAGGCACGGCCGCCUGUGCAGACGUCAGAGGCGUGCUCGACCGGCUCCGGGUCAAGGCGGUGACAAAGAUCCGUGAGUUCAUUCUCCAGAAGAUUUACUCGUUCCGAAAGCCGAUGACCAACUAUCAGAUCCCCCAGACGGCCCUGCUGAAGUACAGGUUUUUCUAUCAGUUUCUGCUGGGCAACGAGCGUGCUACAGCCAAGGAGGUCAGGGAUGAGUACGUAGAGACGCUGAGCAAGAUCUACCUGUCAUACUACCGCUCGUACGUGGGGCGGCUCAUGAAAGUGCAGUACGAGGAAGUUGCUGAGAAAGACGAUCUAAUGGGUGUAGAAGACACAGCAAAGAAAGGAUUCUUCUCGAAGCCGUCCCUGCGAAGCAGGAACACCAUCUUUACCCUGGGCACCCGUGGUGCUGUCAUCUCACCGGCCGAGCUCGAGGCCCCCAUCCUGGUGCCCCAUACUGCCCAGCGUGGAGAGCAGAGGUACCCGUUUGAAGCACUCUUCCGCAGCCAGCACUAUGCCCUCCUUGACAAUUCUUGCCGUGAAUAUCUCUUCAUCUGUGAAUUUUUCGUCGUCUCUGGCCCGGCUGCCCAUGACCUGUUCCACGCCGUCAUGGGCCGCACGCUGUCCAUGACGCUGCCACUCGAACAACAGCUAACGUUCAGUUGUCUGCCUGUUGCUGUGCCACAGAAACACCUGGAGUCCUACCUGGCCGACUGCUACGACGCCAUUGCUGUUUUUCUCUGUAUCCACAUCGUUCUCCGGUUCCGCAACAUAGCAGCAAAGAGGGACGUCCCUGCCCUGGACAGAUACUGGGAGCAGGUGCUGGCCCUGCUGUGGCCUCGAUUUGAGCUCAUCCUGGAGAUGAAUGUGCAGAGCGUCCGCAGCACUGACCCCCAGCGCCUCGGGGGGCUGGACACCCGGCCCCACUAUAUCACACGCCGCUACGCCGAGUUCUCCUCCGCGCUUGUCAGCAUCAACCAGACCAUCCCCAAUGAGCGCACGCUGCAGCUGCUGGGACAGCUACAGGUGGAGGUGGAGAACUUUGUCCUCCGCGUGGCUGCGGAGUUCUCCUCCAGGAAGGAGCAGCUCGUGUUUCUGAUCAACAACUAUGACAUGAUGCUGGGUGUGCUGAUGGAGCGGGCUGCUGACGACAGCAAAGAGGUGGAGAGUUUCCAGCAGCUGCUCAAUGCUCGGACACAGGAGUUCAUUGAAGAGUUGCUGUCACCCCCCUUUGGAGGUCUGGUGGCAUUUGUGAAGGAGGCUGAAGCCUUGAUUGAGCGUGGGCAGGCUGAGCGGCUCCGAGGGGAGGAAGCCCGAGUCACCCAGCUGAUCCGCGGCUUUGGUAGUUCCUGGAAGGCGUCAGUGGAGUCCCUGAGUCAGGAUGUAAUGCGGAGUUUUACCAACUUUCGAAAUGGAACCAGCAUCAUCCAGGGGGCGCUCACACAGCUGAUCCAGCUCUACCAUCGCUUCCACCGUGUGCUGUCCCAGCCUCAGCUCCGUGCCCUCCCUGCCAGGGCCGAACUCAUCAACAUCCAUCACCUCAUGGUGGAGCUGAAGAAACACAAGCCGAACUUCUGAUUCAGACCCCGGGGCCCGAAGCUCCCAUGGGCUCUGCAGUCACACAGUGUCUGUCACCUGGGACCCCUUUCCUGUUCCUGAUGUCUCUAAGGCUUUCACACACCUCACUCAGCCUCCAUUGCCAGGACUCUGCCUCAACAGAGUGUGCCCUCGGCCACUCCCUGGGCUUCUGAGGUGACCUUCAUAGCCCAGCCCAGCCCCCUCCUCUGCUGUUCACUCACAGCCUGUGAGCUCUCACCGCCCCAGUCCCUGACUGACACUCGGCUCUCAUGGCAGAGCGGUGCAGGCCACACUGCCCACGCUGCAGCUGAUCUUCAGGCUCCACUGGGACAGUGGCAUCAGCUCCCGGCGGGUGCACUCUGCCUGUGGCAAUACAGUACUUACUGUGCUGGGACGUGUCCUCCCCUGUGUCCCUGGGUCCAGCAUUUCUUUAUUGUAGACCUAGUCAGUUCCUGGUGGGCUGCAGCAAGGGUGGGGUAGUAGCCCGAGGACUGUUGGUGCUUCUGGCCCAGGGGUGGCAUAGUGGCUCAGGUGAGGACUGUUUUUACCUCUCCAGGAGGGUGGCACACGCCACAGGCCUGGGAAGGUGAGAGCUCUGUGCACUGUCUUGAGGGCUGCCAUGGGAGAAUCCACACAGACUCUGAGAUUGUCUGUGUUGUCCUCUAAGUGGCUGUCACAGCUCCUUUGAGAGUGGAGGGCCUGUAAUACCUGCACCCAUGUGUCGAGGCAGGGGUGGACCUAGUCCCAAAACAGACCUUGUCAUGUCCAUGUGACCCAGACCCUUCCCACUGCCCUCUGCCCCACCUCUGUAUGGAGUUUCCAGAGCAGUGGUUCUCAACCUUCCUGAGACUCUUUAAUACAGUUCUUCAUGGUAAUCCCGACCAUAAAGUUAUUUUCAUUGUUACUUCAUAACUAUAGUUUUGCUACUGUUAAGAAUAGUAAUAGAAACAUCUGUGUUUUCUGAUGGUCUUAAGCAACCCCUGUGAAAGGGUGCUUUGGCCCCCAAAGGGGUCAUGACCCACAGGUUCUAGAGUGAAGGAGCAUCCUUGACCAAGUUCUUUGAUUUUGAGGACAGGGUUUCUCUGUGUAGCCCCAGGUGUCCUGGAACUCACUCUGUAGUCCAGGCUGGCCUCAAACUCAGAGAUCCUCCUGCCUCUGCCUCCCAAGGGCUGGGACUAAAGGUGUGAACCACCAUCACCUGGAACCUUGACCAAGUCUUAAACAAAAGCCAGGCUGGUUUGUAGACCUGCAGUCCUGGUAAAUUCGGAGCCCGAGGCACUGGUGGGAAAGGCUGCUUCAGUUACAGAACAAGCCCAAGGCCAGCCUGGACCCCAUCCUGAAAGUAAAGAUCUGGGACAUAGGUGAGUGGCAGGAAGCAGUCCCCACGUCCCAUCUACAGCACGGGGGGAAAUUUCAGGUGAAAGAAGCUGUCAGGGAAAGAGGGUAAUUUGAGGUUCUUUCCUUUACCCUAUACGCCCCAGGGCCUUGGCUAUACUGGGCUGGGGGACCCUAAGCUCAGAGUGAAAGACCACCGGGGUGGGGAAGACCCCCACUCAAAUCUCGGGACAACACAACCCCCAAGAACUCACGAGAAACCAGUCUUGAUGUAAUAAACAAGAGGUGUAUUUGAGGAACCAGAGCUCUGGGGACGACAUGUAUCUCACACAAGAGACAGAGGAGUUGACCCCGAGCCCAAUUAGGGGAAGGGAUUUAUAGGGAAAAUUACAUAGGUAGUUGGCAACAGUCACACAAAGCAAUUUCAUUGGUUUGUAACUUGGGCUCAGUUCAACUCUAGGCCACCCUCCUUCUGGGGCAAGCUGACCCUAAUUCUCGUUUUUCUCAGGACUGUUGAGUCAGGCCUUAUCGAGGCCAGAUGGUUUGUGGUGGCUAUAGCCAGGCUACAUCCCCAAAAUAUGUUAUGUUAUUCUUUGCUGUGAGGUGCACUUGUCCUCACAGCAGGGUCAGUGGGGGAUACUUUAAAAUCUUUAUUCUUUAAUUCCCCACUUCUGCUUGUGACUAGUUCUAAUCUUAGAACUCAGGGCCUUCUUUUUCAAUUUGUCCUAAGGUCUUUUGAGGCAUGAUAUUGUUGGUAAAGCAUUAAAAUCUAUACUGUAUUAACUCUCUAAUAAAGGCUGUUAACUUAUUAAAAA